AUGGUGAAGCGCGGCCCAGGCAGUGCCGAAUACCUGCCCGCGACCGCGCCGUCGCCUCCUCCAGGCGCGUCCAACGGCCCGGCCAGCGUCAGUGCCGUCUGGUCGUACUUUGAGAAGGACCAGUCAGGGAACUCGGUAUGUAAGUUCUGCGACCGCGUGAUCAAGGGACACCACUCGUCCAACCUCUUGUCCCAUUUGCGCACCGCGGGACGGACAGACGCGACGCACCAACAAGCCAAUAAUGUCUGUGAAGAGCAUCGAGAGACCAAGCGCCACUUCAAGCGGCAGAAGAUCGGACUGCAGGCGGGUCAAGCGUGUGCCGAGUUGGUGAGCGCCGCCAUGUACUCGUCGCCGGGGGCAUCCCAAGCUCUGGCUGCUGCUGUGGCGGCUGCGGGCGGCUCGCCCAGCGUGCUCACAGCAGCGUUGAAAAGGGACCCAGCUGCAGCUUUUUACACGUACCCGACCCCAGCUUCGCUUGGGGCAACACUAGUCAAGGACCAGAAGGAGCCGCUGACUGCUGGCAACAGUUACUAUGGCUUGAUGCCGUCAGGUCAAGUGCAAGUGUCUGCUGAACAGUUGACUCAAGACUUGAGUCUCAUGGCUCUCAUGGACAAUUUGCCGCUGAAGUUUGCCACGAAACCAGGCAUGCGGUACUUUAUCAACCAGUUACUAGGCGAGAAGAAGCUGGCGUUGCCAGCGGAAGAUGUGCUGGCGAAGAAUAUCUUGGUGUUGCACGAGAGUAUAUGCGUGACCACGAAGGCGAUGCUGGCAAAAGCUAAAAGUGUCGCUGUGUCGCUCGAGGUGUGGCGACACCCGGCGUUGACGAAGUCGACACAGUAUUUGGCUGUUAAACUGCACUUCAGCGUGAACUUUCGACUGUUUGAUAUUGCGGUGGGUGUUGUGCCGUUCGAGGAAGUGUCUGGACUGGAGACCAUUAAGAGCACACUUGAUUCGUUUCUCGAGCGCCUGGGCGUCAAGGACAAGGUCAUUGCCGUUGUCAUUGAUGAGCUCCCGUCGAAGGUCGCACUUGCGGCAUCUGACCUUCCGUCGCACUUUAUGCCCAUAAACUUUGAUGGUCAUCUCGUAUCGCCCGAUGCAGCUCAGGGCACGCUUCUCCUUACUUCGGCGGUACAACACCUGCGUGUCUGCUUGACUUUUGACGUAUUUGCUAGGGCAUUCCCGCACGUGGUGAGUCAGAUCGGAGACUUUGUGACUCGGCUGGCCGAGAAUGAGGGGGCGAUGCUUUCUUUGAACCGCAAGUGCCCGCUGUACGACGCUGAGCUUUUUGCACAAGGACACGAGGCCGUGUCGUACUAUGGAUACCUUCGUCAACUAUUUGAGCACUUGCCUGCGCUAGAGCAGGUAGCAGACGCCAAUCUAGUGACUUUUCUCCCUGCAUCAACUGUGGAAUCCAUCGGCUUGCUGGUGAAGAAACUGCGCCCAUUUUCGAGGUACUCUGAAGCUUUGGAGGGAGAAAAGAACAAGAAAACGGGCAGCGACAAGGAAGUGAACAAGAAUGGCAUUUCAAGCAUUUCGACCAUUGCUGCUGCUUUGGUGACGUAUGCAGAGAAACAAGCGCAUCUGGCAGUCACGGGUGUGCCUGUCCAUUUGGAACCAGCUACGUGGAAGCGGUUUUUUGAAAUGCUCGCGCGAAAGUUGCGCGAUCAGUUCGCAACGCUUCCACCAGUCUGCUACGCAGCAACGCUUUUCGAUCCUCGAUACAAAAAUCGUGAAUACUGCUAUCUGUCUCCCAAGGUUGAGUGCGGACUUGGCAAGGACUUUCUUCGUCAAACGUUUACACCUGAGGGUAAUUCAUUGCAGAUAUCGAAUGCCUCAGAUUCGACUGGCCUAUCAGACUCGGGUGCAGACUCUUUGGCUAGGUUGGCAUCGUCUUCUGACGCAGAGCUGACUAAGGAACCUGCUGAGUUGAUGAAUACUGAUGUGGGACUCGCUGACGAUGAGGACGAUGACCUGCUGUCGCAUCUGCCGUCUGAGUCAUCGAAUUCGUCUUUUCGGGGUGUAAAUGAGACCGUUGCUAUGUGGGAAAAAGAGCUGAGUGCAUUUUUGAGUCUACCGGUUUCGGAGCGCAAUGUGGAUCCACUGGCAUGGUGGAAACUGAACCAGCUUCGUUUUCCGCUAAUUGCACCUUACGCUGAAAUGGUGUUGUCGCUACCGGCAGUAUCUUCAAGCGGUGAGACUGUUCGAAACAAAGUGCACAGUGUACUUUUGCGCACAGAGGGGCCUGGCCGCGAGGCUUCGCUGGCUGAUAGCCCGGCCAUGAUAGACGCUUUUUUGUGCUUCCAAAAAAACAAAGAGUGCGCGAUCGAGUGGCUUCUGUCAGGGUCCAGCGCUAAUGGUAUUGCCGAGGCAGCAGGAGUUAAUGCCGACCCCGAACCGAGUUCUGGGAGUUUUAAGCACAUUGAGAACGUAUGA